AUGUCCGACCCCGGUGGCGGCGACGUCUUUGGCGCCUUCAACGCCUUGCUCGGCUACCUGGGCGGGCAGGCCGCGACCACAACUAUCUUUGACCGCUUCCUCUGGCCGCAACGCCAUUUCUCGUCACUGAACCUCGAGAGCACCCCGCGUCUGGUCCUGCUCUACUCCAUGGCCGGACCCCUCAGCCCCGCGGCCCUCGAGGUCAUGGACACGGUCUACCGCUAUGGGCUCUUGGGCGGUGCGGCCCAGGGCCACAUGCUGGGCACGGCAUUCUACCGAGACCUUGGCAUGAGCUACACUAUGCACGCCCGGGGUGCAGAGCUCGAGCGUGUGUCGCAGGUCCGCAACUGCAUUUGGGUGCAGGCGCUUUUGAAGAUGCCCAUACCGGACCUGCAACGACCUCGGCAGGACAAGGCCGCUGAAGAGGGUCGGCCGUUGGAGCAGGCAGGUGGCACCGGAAAGCAACCUGUUCGGGCCAGGGUUACCGUCGACCACUUGGUACUUUCCAAAGCCACGGCGGCCGACAUUGCCAACGGGGGGCUUCCUGUGGUGCGCGAGGGCAUAGACAGCAUCGGACUGGAGACGGUGUUGGCCAUGUGCCUGGCCGAGCUCAGCGGCAUCGGCGUCAUGAUAGGUGUAGCCGUCAUCCUGCGCUCGCUGUGGGCCAUCCUCUUCGUCAUGCCGCUGGUGAUGCGUAUCCUGGGCGCCCUCCUCGCCGUGCAUCGCGAGGGCCUCGACGACUUGUCGGAAGCGCCGGACGACGAAGCGCAUCGCGACUGGGAGGUGCAGUGCCCGGCCACCGAAGGCAAGUUCAUACUCAUCUCGGGGCCCCCGAGCGUGGUGAACCAAUUCUUCCGACACUACGGGCAUCCGGUGCGCAGCCAGGCGUGCGAAAAGGCGCAGCUCGUCCUCAUUGUCGCGUUCGGGACCUUGUUCCCCGCAAGCCUGUUGUGCCAGGUGCUGUGGAUGCCACGAACGAUCCAGUUGGUGUGGACUGUGUGGCAGAUCUGGCUCGUCAUCGCGAUGCACCUGGACCGGUACUCACAAAAGGGCAUGUGGCGGUCGACCGCGGAUGCGAGCAUCGGGAGGGCCUUCUCCCAGGCAAGGGCCGUCGACGUCGACAAUAAUUGCACCGAGACGUCGAUUCUGUUUUGCCAGACACUCAACAAGCCGGGGGCUGUCAAGGCGACGCUGAAUACGACGCUUGCGAGCAGCUACGGUGAGGGGAAGAAGUGCAUGAAAAGUUUGGUACAGCGUUCCUCUGAGAUACCUUGA